GAAUAUAUUCACUCUGCGCCUCCACCUGGAAAACAGCGGUAUUGAGAUUACAGACGAUUCGUUACUACCAUCUUCCUCGACACCAAACAAAGACCUCUACUCCGCCUCAAAACAAGAGGAGCCAUGGCGUCCCCAUCUUCUCCAGAUCAAACCCUCUCCGCCACCAUCUCCAAACUCUCUAUCCAAACCUUCCACCCACAACCACAACCACAGCCACAACCACAACCAUCCACAUCCUCAAUCACGAUCAUGAAUCCCGCCGCAUCCACCACCCCCGACUCCUCGCCCCCAACCCAAACAACCCACUACACCAUCACAAACCCCCUAACCUUCACCCGCUGGCUCGACUCGACCCCCCCAGAGAACCCCUCAGCAAUAACCCACCUAACCCUCGCGCCCUCCCCACACCUCGGCCGCAUCUCCUCUCUCCCACGCCUCAACGACACACUGGGCGAUUCCCUCGGCGACGCCAGCACCUUCGCGGAACUCCACUCCUGGGUGACUCUCCUGCAGCGACUCUCCCACCACCCCUCCACCUCGACCCUACGAUCGCUCACCAUAAUUUUCGCAGCCGAUACGAGCGGUCGCGACACUCACGGGUAUCGACGCGGGGUGGGUGAAUGUCUCGGGUUUAUAUGGGCGAUAGGCAGGUUUCGCGGGCUGCAAUGGGUGGAUCUGCAGGGCUUUUUUCCCGCGCAGUGGCCGUGGUAUUUAAGGAGUGUGUGGGCGGCGCAGGGGACGAUGAUUUAUAAUAGGGUGGAGGCGCCGGAGUGGGAGUUGAGGGAGUGGAGGAGGGGGACUGAGAGGUUGGAUCCGAGGGGGUUUGGGUGGGAGUGA